AUGCUCUUUUUAGUUAAGAAAGAUGUGUUUUCAACCUUGGCCAAAACGGCCUCUGGCUUCCGACUUGACCAGUCCUGUGAUGAGCAAGAAGAGGAGAAUUGGUCACCAGCCCAGUCAUGUCCAGGCAGCAGCUGGUGGCCACUUUUCUUCCUUCUUUCUGCCUUCCACAUCCCUUUGCUUUUUGGACAUGCUUCCAAGUUUUGGCUCCAUUUCCCCCUGCACCCAUGUGGUGCAAAACCCAGAGAAAUUUCAGUGUUCCGUCAUCCCAGCGCCUGCCAGGGUGCAGAGGAGAUCCCCAAUUCAAACAGGAAGAAAAAUGAAUUGGGGAGGCUGAAGCAGUUGCAUCCCUUGGAUUUUGAUGAAGGAAAAAGAACAGAUCCUUCCAUUGCCUCCACAUGCUCUGCAACAAGCAACCAAGCAGACUACUUGAGAAAAUACGGAGCCAUUGUCUCCUUGGAGCAACGCCAGCACUACAAGGAUGCCUUCAAUGCAGAUUAUGAGGAAUAUUGGAAUUUAUAUUUUAAGAUUGACAAGAUCAUCAAGAAAUUCAGACAUUUUCAGGAACAAUGGAAGUCUCUGACUCCAGGCUCCAAAGCCUAUCAGAUGCUGCAUUAUCGAAUCCUAGCAGAUUAUCAGCAGUUACAACAGAGUAGCCCCAGCUAUUAUGAAAUGAAGAGUGGGUGCCAGUACCUCCACAAGAAGCUGGCCCAUAUUCAGAGCUGCAUUUCUGAAUUUGAGCAGCAGUGAGUGGAGUACUGGCACCAGACAUCGGCUUCAGCAUGGAACAUCUCUGAAAUCAGGAUUUUUCAUUUCAACUAGAAGAUUAGAUUUUUUAGGAUUCUUUAAAUUAGUACAGAACAAUAGGUUAUCUUAGCACUGAGCAGUAGGUGAUUUCUUAUAAAUGUAGGAUUAGUUCA